AUGGAGAGAGCCAGUCUGAUACAGAAGGCCAAGUUGGCCGAGCAGGCCGAACGCUAUGAAGACAUGGCAGCUUUCAUGAAGAGCGCCGUGGAAAAGGGUGAGGAGCUAUCCUGCGAAGAGCGCAACCUGCUCUCAGUGGCCUACAAGAACGUGGUGGGUGGCCAGCGGGCGGCGUGGAGGGUCCUGUCCAGUAUCGAGCAAAAGAGCAAUGAAGAAAGCUCGGAAGAGAAGGGCCCGGAGGUGCAAGAGUACCGGGAGAAGGUGGAGACGGAGCUCCGGGGCGUGUGCGACACGGUGCUGGGCUUGCUGGACACCCACCUCAUCAAGGAGGCCGGUGACGCCGAAAGUCGGGUCUUCUACCUGAAAAUGAAGGGCGACUACUACCGCUACCUGGCUGAAGUGGCCACUGGCGACGACAAGAAGCGCAUCAUCGACUCAGCCCGGUCGGCCUACCAGGAGGCCAUGGACAUCAGCAAGAAGGAGAUGCCGCCCACCAACCCCAUCCGCCUGGGCCUGGCCCUGAACUUUUCCGUCUUCCACUAUGAGAUCGCCAACAGCCCCGAGGAGGCCAUCUCGCUGGCCAAGACCACCUUCGACGAGGCCAUGGCCGACCUGCACACCCUCAGCGAGGACUCCUACAAAGACAGCACUCUCAUCAUGCAGCUGUUGCGAGACAACCUGACGCUGUGGACGGCCGACAACGCCGGGGAAGAAGGGGGCGAGGCUCCCGAGGAGCCCCAGAGCUGA